CACAUUAUUACGAAUUUGCAAGUUUUCUGGAGCUUGUAUCGGAUAAGUAAUUUUAAUUUUCGCCAGUAAGAUGGCGAAGAAAAAUUUUUGGUUCAAUAGCUUUAUAUGGCUUGUGUUUGUAAGUAUCCUUUAUGGUUCUUCUUUGAAAAAGAUUAUGUUGGUUGCCAUUUUUUCUCUUAAAGUGCUAGUUACAGUAAAUCGCUAAUAGCUAAUCAUUUUCAAUUAUCUAUGAAUCUAACCUUGCAACAUUGUAUUAAUUUAACUGGAUAGGUCGUGGGUCUCUCCAAGCAAGCCAAGAAGAAAAUUGACAAAAGCUCCAUCAUAGAAAUAAAUGAUAUUAAGCCAUUCAAGAAAUUACAAAGGACCCAUACCAAUUUGCUUGUUUUAUUUGCUCAAAGCGGUAGGUACUUUACCGAGGAUUCUGUGCGAUGCACUGAUUGUAGGAAUGCACAGGAAAAAAAUCAGCUAGUGUUGAUUUAUUGCUUUUUUACUCGUGCUAAGGAAAUAAUGUGCUUGAAAAUUUCACUAUGGGAACUAUAUCCUACAAUUACAAAAUUUCGUCACUCAGUUACCACGAUUCAGUGUGAACAGCUGAUAGUAAUGUUUUCUUUUGAAAUGUUGCUAUUAUUUCUGUUUUCGAAUUCAACUGCUUGGAAAGCGAGAUGCAUCAACCUGAUACUCUUAACUAAAUAUUGAUAAGACCUGAUUGCGUGUGCUCUCGCUCCCAUACUAUUAUGUGUUUACAAUUCCUUCCCUUUUUCAAUAUUUGGUGCAUUUUCAGCUCCGAAUAUUAUAACCCUGGAAACCAAAAAAUCUCACAGAACAGGUUAUUGAAAAAUUAUGCUUUGCUGUGACAAAAGAUAAAAUAUUUUGCAGAACGUGAUGCGUCAAGUAGAUUUGAAGUCUUGGCACGAGUUGCAGAAGAAAUUAAAGGCAGGGGGACUGUUGCAUACAUAAAUUGUGGGUGAGUAUUAAUUGGUCAGCAGGAGGCUGUAUUAUUUAAAUAUUUUAAUCAACGUGAAUUGAUUUAAAUUAGGAGGACUUAACUGUAUUUUUUUUGAGUUACUCUUUAUUCUUGCUUUUUAUUUGCAUUCUUAUAAAACGUUGGGGCUAAGGUUUGUUCUUAGAAAUCUGUUCUCAAUUUAUUUUCACAGUUUCACCAGCUUUGAUAGACUUCCCCUGAUCAUGGAGAGAAUAAGAUUAAAUGAACAAUGAUAAAAAGCCCUAUUACCCAGAUGGCAAUCAACCUCUUAACUCCCAAAAGUGAUUAAUAUGUAAUCUCUCCCAGUAAUAUCUGUAUACUAUCCAGCAACAGGUUAUGGGAAUACUCAAAAUUUUCAGUUAGAAGCUGUUAUCUUGAUCUAAUACCAAAUUCACAUACCAGUAACUAAUUACAAGGAAAUGUGUAGCAGCUACAGGGGAGAAUGAAUGCUAAGAUCUUGGGAGUUUUUAAGGGGUUGAUUGAAAUUGGUAGAGGGUGUACUUAAUUUUAUAUUUAUUCUGCCCAAGAUUAUCGUCAUGAGCUGCUCCUCUAUACCUUUCCUAUCGCCCUUUCAUAUUAUUUCAGAAUGAAAAGCAAUAGUUUUAAGAAGGAUACCGUUAGACUGAGAUAAUUUUCUCUCCACAGGGGGAGCUAAUCAAUUAUCAUAAUUGUAUUUUUACAGAGAAAGCAAAGAUACAAAAAAAAUGUGCAAGAAGCUCAGAGUUUCUCCUCAACCUGUGAUGUUAAAACAUUACAAGUGAGUUCAACCACCUUAUUGUUUCGUUACUCAUCCUGCUGCUUGCUUUGCACUCAAAUUACAUCUUUCCUUUACUUCCUGUUAGAAUUUUGCAAUUAUCCACCCUUCCCUUUCACUGACUCCUGUCUCCUUUUAUACUCUGCUUUCCUCCAAGGCUUGCCACUUUUCCACUAUUUUACAAACCAUACCCCUCUUCUUUUCCACUUUAUUUGAUGUUACACUCCCCUCCCCCCACUCUCUUCAUCUCUUAUUCACCCUACCUCCCUACUGACAUCAUCUUCCCACAUACUCACCUCCCCCCACUCUCUUCAUCUCUUAUUCACCCUACCUCCCUACUGACAUCAUCUUCCCACAUACUCACCUCCUAAACCUUUUUCUCGUGCUUCUUUGUUCAUGUACUUACCCACCCCCCCUUCCCAUGUCUUAUUGACUAACUCCUUCUCCCCCUGGAUCCAAAGCAUUCUACUGAUCUUCCACACCCUCAACUGGUGUUAUAUAUAACUCAGUCCAUUUAGCCAUAAUAAAUUUUUUGAAGUAAUCCCAUUCUCACUUUGUCAGGAUGUCUUUGAUAACUUUGCUUUUACAUCAGGUACCCAAUGAUUAUUCUAAGCUAAAGCACAAUUUGUGUUCACUUCUCCAUCUGGAAUUCAUCCUAUCCUCUCAUCACCUUCUCACCCUGUCCAACUUUGUUACCUCAAAUCCAUACCACCCCAACCAGCCUAUUUUAGUGGAGCUUGCAGAGCUUAGCCCCAUAAUUAUACAAAAUAGUAGUAACCCAUCAAGCCGAAAAUAUUUGGAUGUAUGACCGUAUCACCAUACGAUUGUACAAGGUACUACUUUUAACAUGUGUGGUCAAAUGUACCACAGGCAUGCCAAUGCUACGGCUUUGUUUAGUAGUCCAGUGGUCAGUGCACUGGGCUCUGAGUCAGAUGAUCCAGGUUCUAGUCCUAGCCAGGGCAAGGCAUUGUGCCCUUGAGACAUGCGGGAAAAAAAAUGCAAGGUCCACUUUUAGGCUUGGCUAAAUCUAUAUUUUAUAUUACUUGGAACACAUUCCUUCUGUUCUUCCUUUAUCUUCAUUUCUUCUAUCAUUAUGUUUCCAACACUCUUGGUGUUGCAUGGACAGGUGUACUAUUUAAUUUUUUUUUAAUAUUAAUAUAAGUUAAAUGUUUCUCUUUUCACAGAGAUGGGGAUUUUAACAAAGAUUAUGAUAGGAAGAACACAGUUAAGGUGAGUGAAAUCAUUGAUUUGAUCAUGGUAUUGUUUUAUGUUGUUUUUGUACUUUUAGUAGAAAAGUUAAUAAGAAGCAACUCUCAUUUUUAAUCUUAUAAUUAUUGCAACAUUUACCCAAUUUUUUAAAUUUUCUGCAGUCAAUGUUAAACUUUAUGAAUGAUCCUACGGGAGAAAUGCCUUGGGAAGAAGAAGAAGGCACAGAGGAUGUACGACAUGUCCACACAAGUAGCGUAAGUUGUGUAGUAUAAAAACUUUUGAAAAUCCUUGGAGUUACAGAUACUUGAUGUUAAGUGAUCAGGGCAGGAAAAUUGAUUUCCAUGAAAAAAUCUUUUUUUCUGUUUUUCAGGAAUUUGUCAAACUGACAACAAAAGAGAAGAAACCAAUCAUGGUCAUGUUCUAUGCUCCAUGUGAGUCAAAUUUUUGUAAAUUUUUGCCAAAAUCUGUAAUGAUCUGUGGUUGCUCACCCUUUCUGUUCCUUGCUGAUCCCUGCUGACCCUUGUUUUCCCUUGCUAACCCCAUCUCACACCUACUGACCCAUGCUGGCCCCUGCUUACCCUUGUUUACCCCUGCUUGCUCUUGCUCAGCCCUGUUCGCCCCAGCUCACCCCUGCUGACUUCUGUUCACCCCUGCUUGCUUCUGCUUACCCCUGCUCACCUCUGCUCACCCCUGCUCACCCCUGCUCACCCCUGCUCACCCCUGCUCACCCUUGCUCACCCUGCUCACCCCUGCUCACCCCUGCUCACCCCUGCUCACCCCUGCUCACCCCUGCUUACUCUUGCUUACCCUUGUUCAUCCCUGCUCAUUCCUGUGUGCCCUUCCUCAACACUGCUUGCUCUUGCUGGCCCAUGCUUGUUUGCGUUAUUGUGACUUCAUUGUAUCUCAUUAUUUGAAUUUCAGGGUGUGGUUAUUGUAAAAAGUUAAAACCUGACUAUGCUGUAGCAGCCACUGAACUUAAAGGAGAAGCUGUGAGUUUUUUUUCAAACAAAUUCAUGACAUAUUGGGUGGUGAACAUGUUAAUGGGAUUGGUUGUUGAAACACCAAUUACCACUGAGAAAACUCCUUCUCAGGAUGACUCUCACUUGGAUGAUCAGGCCACACAGUCAAUCAAUCAUUGUCAUCAACAAUAACCUUUUUUAGGACUACACUUUCGUAGACAUUCAGACUUCAUAGAUAGAUAGAUACAUUCUUUAUCAGGUACAGAAUUCUUAAAUUUAACACGUAGUUAUAAUGAAGCAGUGCAUCAAUAAUUAAAUUUGUAAAAAAUUAGAAUGGGACAAAGUAAAAUAUUGAUAUUGAUUGUAAGCAGUUCAGUAUAUAAAUUAUAACAUUGACAGAAAUUAUGCAAAUAAAGUUAUUUAGGCCUAGACUUAAGAAAUUUUCUCCUAUCAAAUAUUCACCAGUAGAAAAUUACUUAUAUAAGUGACCUAAAUCCUUUUAUUGUAAUACUGAGACUGUUGCGUAGUUAAGACACCAUAUAGGAAAAGGACCUGUGGCCAGAUUUUGAAUUCAUUUUGACCAUGUGCAGAUUACAUGACCAACUGUUACUCCUUGGUUCAUGAAAGUUCCAUGUCCAUGUCCAUGUAAUUCGGUAGUCAUACCAAUUUUUUAUUCCAACAGAUAAUGGCUGGAAUGGAUGUAGAUACAUAUGACGCAUAUCAAAUCAGAGAAAAAUUCAAUAUCACAGGAUUUCCAACUUUGAUAUAUUUUGAGUAAGGCCCAAUUAUAUGUUGAUUUCACAUUUUUUUGCAACUGACAUCUAUAGACCAGCAUCUAAUUUCUCCUCAUAAUGUCCCCCUUGAAUCACUCAUUAAAGGUUACAAGAAUGAAGGGAAUGAUAACCAACUAAAGAAGCUCUAAAAUUUUUAUACAAAUUCUCCUUGUCAGCAACUCAGGAAAUAUAGAGAGAACAGUAUAGAGAAUAUGGAUUCUGAUGUUGAGGUGUAAAGGGUUAAUUGAUGGUUGAACUGAAGAGUUCGAUUGAAGAUGCAGCUUUCUUAAACUCUCUAAGAAUGCCUUGAACUGUUUUUGAGUUCGUUGGGUUCUGCUGUCAGUAUGUGUGUAUUUAUGAAAAUCUUAUUAUUUAUUUGUAACCAUUCUUAUGAGUAUUUCAAGAGGAAUCAAUAGUUGUCUAUUUCUUUAUGUAUUUACACAGUUUAAUAUUUUGAUUAAUCUGUCUGAAUAUUAACCUUAAAAAGAUUUGGCGAAGAUUUUAAUUUCAGUUGUCAUUGAAUCAAUGUCUGUCAUAAACUUGAUCUUCUCAGAAAUGGUGAGGAAAAAUAUCGUUAUCAAGGAAAACAUGAUAAAGAUUCUCUUGUAGAGUGGAUGAGAAAGUAAGUCUUAUUUUUUACAUCUGGAGUUACUAAUGAAUUAAUGCAACCAUUCCUGUCCUGAUCCUAUAUUAGACAGUAGUGUAAUGAUUUUAGACUUGUGUCCAAGUUAAGACACUAGUUUUGGAUUUUAGAUCUUGUGUUGGAUUUUAGGCACCAGUGUCUGAUUUUGGGCUCUGGCUAAACACUAGAUGCUUGUGUCCAAUUUUAGAUGCUAGUGCCUGAUUUUAACACUUAUGUCUAGUUUUAGACAAUAGUGUCUGGGGUUAGACUCUAACGUAUGGUUUUAGCCACUAACUAGUGUCUGCUUUCUCAAUAUCUUUGUCCAAUUUUAGACACCUUUGUCUGACUUAGGACAUAGUGUCCAUUUUAGAUACUGGUGUCUGAUUUUAGUCGUUAGUGUUGAAUUUUAGACAAAUUUUCCUGGUACUGUGUGUAUACAGUGGACUGUAAACAUUUUUUGAGAAGACUUUUGAAGUUGUCUUUUAACUCGACUUUGACUUUAUGUAUGACAGACCAACACUAAAUGUAUUCUUGUUGAUCCAAUAUCAUAUUAUCCAAACUAAAAUCAUAAGAAAUGUCUAGCAGACAGUAAGGAGAAUCACUAAUGAGAACAUGGGAGUGAAAUGGUUGAAAAGAUAUACAAUAUUAAUCACUACAUGACUCUCCUUACUAUGCAUGUAAUAUUCAAGAGUGAUUGUGACUUGUUAAUGUUAGACCUAUCUACAAUGUUGUUUUAUUUUAGCCCUGCUCCUUCAACACCACCUGCUAAGGAAGAGGAGUGGAGUGACAUUCCUAGUGAUGUUGUCCAUCUCAAAGAUGACACAUUUGAUGAUUUUAUUGCAAACAAUCCAUCUGUUCUUGUCAUGUUUUAUGCUCCUUGUAAGUAUAAUUUUUUUUUUUAUUUGUACUUGCCUGGCCUUGUAGGAACUCAAAAGUCAAAAUCUCUUACUUGUCUUUUUAGUGUUUCUUGCUAUCACUUUGUGAUAAAUUGAUUUUUCUUAAAAAAAAAAAAAAGCAAUUCAGAGUGAAUGGGUAACAUACAUAAAUGUUGUGUCAGGCCCACAAAGGUCUUCUCUAGGAAGACAAGAUCAUGGAACAACGGUUAUGGACAGUUUCAUGAGCAUCCUUUUAUGUAUUGAUUCUUGGCCUUUCAGGGUGUGGUCACUGCAAAGCUAUGAAGCCUGAAUACACAGAUGCAGCCAAAACAAUGAAGGAGGAGGAGGUACUUUUAGUGAAAAUAUUUGACGGUGUGCAAUAAAUUUGAUUUUGAGUGAGUGGUGUAAAACCAACUAUUCUUACUGUAUAUCCCUAAUGAUAAUUCUAAAUUUCUUACUUGUGUGCUGAAGGCUGACUGGUAACAAUGAUUUUAGGUUCCUGGUGUGAUAGCAGCAGUAGAUGCAACAAUGGAAACAGCAGUUGGCAAAAGAUUCAAAAUUGAGGGCUAUCCAACAGGUAACUGAGUUGAUCAACAACCUCUUAGUGACUUUCUGAGCCAAGACUUGUUCACCCCUCUUGUUUGCAAGUGUUGAUUCUGCCUCUGUGUUUCAGUGUGCUCAUGCUGUCUUACCAAGAUAAAAAAACCUGUUCUUAUUGGAAAGUUUUGCAAAUGGAUCUGAUACUGGCUUGGCCCGUGUCUUGCACUGGUGUUUUCCCAUCUAGAGUUGGAGGUUUUGAAGAAACAAUGAUCAUUUGCAAAGGCUUUCUUUUCCUUGAAUUGGCUUCCACAUAUUUUUGCUUAUGUAAAGUUAAAAUGUGAUAUUCAAACUUUCAAUCCACAGGUAUGAGAGUUGACCUGUCCAUCCACAAAUAAUGUUUUUCCUAGCAAAUAGUUUCUGCCCAGGCCACCUCUUUGCUACUGUGGCAGAGGGAUCCUGUUGAAAUGGAAGUUUCAGUUGUGCUCCCCUGACAUUGAAUGCAACCAUGAUUUUCCUUUGACUGAAUGAAACUGUCAAGUGACCACCUGAUUUCAUCUCAAGGACUUUUUGAUCAAAUGUAUUAGUGCCUAUGUAGACCCUGUGCUGAUUGGUUUGUGUUACUUGCUUAUCACUUACCUGCUUUCUUUUUCUCAUCUGUUUUCAGUGAAAUAUUUCAAGUAAGUGAAAGGUUUUACAUUUGUGUUUGGGUUGAGACUUGUAGAGUUAACUGCCUUGUUUGGUUUGGGAAAAAUUGACAUAAAAUGUGUGAAUUUUUUUAUUAUCAGAGAUGGUGAAUUUGCUUUUGAUGUGAACGAGAGAACGGCUGACAAGAUUGUGGCAUUUAUGAAAGAGUAAGUGCAUAUUGUGUGUUUAAUCUUUGUAUACAAAGUAAAUUGAUACUGACAGAGGUUUUUUUGUUUUAUCCAGUCCAAAAGAACCACCCCCACCCCCUCCCCCAGAGAAAGAUUGGAGUGAAGUGGAGAGUGAGGUUGAACACCUGACAGAUGACACUUUCAAAGGAUUCCUGAAGAAAAAGAAACAUGUCUUGGUCAUGUUUUAUGCACCAUGUAAGUUGAAUAUCAGAGAGAGUAACAACGAUCUCCUUUCAUGGGAUCUUGAUCCAGAGAGUUCAGUGCUGAGAUGUAAGGAGAGUGGUGACAAAAGGGAGAAACCCAUCCAAAACAGGGAACUAAAUUAAACAUGAGGUGGAAAUAGAAAUUUAAACAUCUGACCCUUUGGAUCAUCACUUGGUUUCUCUAACACUGAGCUACAGUCUGAGCUACAUCUUAUAUUUGAUAUAUGAUAGCUGUUUUUCUCUUAAUUUUAUUUUUUGCAUUUGUUGAUGUGACAUAUUGGAAAAAGUUUUCUUGUAUCCAUUUUAGGGUGUGGUCACUGCAAGAAAGCUAAACCAGAAUUUAUGGAAGCUGCUAAACAUGAUGUGGAAAACUCUAAGGUUAGACAACUUUAUCCAGUGGUUGUUUCGUAAAUACGAAGUCGUGUCUCAUGUGCUAGUUAAUCAACUGUCACAGAAAUGCUUUUUACAUUUUUGAUGCUUUUCUUAUAGAUAGGCUCAUUCUUUCUCAUGAUAGACUCUUUGAUGGUUGAAGAAUAAGUUUUAACUUUGCAAAAUUCUUAAGACACUUAAGUCUCAUUAUUUAAACAAAGUUUAGCCGUUGUUUAACAAAACCGCGUCCUAAAUAGUUCCCUACUUAGCUGAACGUGUUAUCUGAACAUUUAUUUUUGUGAAGAGCGCCGAGAGGGCCGAAAGCUAACAAUUGAAGCGCAUUUAUUUCAUGAAAUCAACAUUCUUAUAGAGAAAGCCUAAGGCCCACUGAUUGCGUAAAAACCGUGGCUUGGGCUAUACCUCGUGUAAAUAAACCGGCCCUUAAGUUUUAGUUCAGUCAAGAGUUAUCUGAGAUCAGAUCCAUCAAUUACCGGUAUCUCUGCUAUUCAGAAAUGAUUUGACACUCGAGAGGGCAGCUGAAAUGGACCUUUGAGGAGGAUUGGAAAGUGUAGUAAACGAAGAUAAAUACCUUUAGUAAUAAGUGUGUCUUAAAAGUUGCUUGAAUCACCAAAACUUCUUGACUCUUUUGUUAGGUUGCAUACGCUGCAGUUGAUUGUACAGUCCACAGAUCUGUGUGUAACCAGUUUGACGUGCAGGGGUGUGUACUUCUUCGUUGUUCCCUGACUAUGUAUGAGAGCAAGGCUAUAAAAGUUUUGAAAUUCCAACGCUGAAAAUAUCAGGAAACGAAACAGAAUGCGCCCAGAUUCGCACUUCUAUUCCUUAGAUAUAGAUAGGGCUUCAGUGGCUCGUACCUUUAUCAGGAAUUUCGAGAAACGGGCCCCGGAAAUGUAUUGAUAAUUGUAAAAGUUAAGAUAGGUUAUCAAAAAACUGCGGCAAACGUAUCCGCAUGCGUCAACUUCUGGCAAAAUGACGUAAUGACCGGAAGCUCAAUUUUUUACUCAUGCGCAGUGCGUUUUACCGCGGUGUUGGUUAUCAAAUAUUUUUCAGAUACCCUACCUUCCGCUACUUCAACUACGGCAAGAAGGACUUCAAGUACAUCGGAGGACGGGUGGCCAAGGACUUUAUCCAGUUCAUGGAGAAUCCUCGUGAAGGUCCCCCACCGCCACCCUCUGAACCAGAGUGGAAGGAUAUGCCAAGUCACGUCACCCACUUAACUGACAAUACUUUUGAGGAAUUUGUGACGACACACCAUUCGGUUCUUGUCAUGUUCUAUGCACCUUGUAAGUAUGUUUGUGUCUUGCUCGAUUUCUUGGACAUGAAAAUCAUGUAACUGGGAACUUUUUCCUUUAGUUUUUUGCUUUACCUUAGUAAAGGGGAUGUUUCAGCUUUAUAUUAUGAAUCAACCCAUUGGCACAAACCUGUCCUAACUUAUACUAUUUGUGAUGUAAGUCCUGUGACAGAAGGCGAUUCAAGAUUUUUUUACUUUAGUUGAGAAUUUUUUUUUUCUUUGUUCAGUUGAGAUUCUUCUUUGAGACUAGAAUUGUUCUGUAAUUGAGAGUCAGACAUUUUCGACCGUGAAAAAGAGUUGACUCGAAUUGGACAUCUUAUGAAGAAGAAUCACUGGGAGCCGCUCUUGAUUACUCUGGCUCUCGAUGUGUUUUUGUUGAUUUAGUUUAAUCGGCAUCUCGUUACACACUGUCCAACCUUUAAUGACGACCAUCUCUCCAAACAACUCCGUAACACCCGGGUUACUUCAUCAGAUAGUUUUUUUCUCAGGGCGGCCGAUGGCUAAACAGGUAGGCCAGGUUAAGGUAGGCCAGGCUAUUGAAGUUUCUUUCCUCUCGUUCGAUAAUUUCAGGGUGUGGUCACUGCAAAGCAAUGAAGCCUGCUUACAUGGAAGCCGCUGAAGAGUUGCACAGUAAAAAUGUGAGUCGCAAAAUUACAGAGAAAGCUAACUGAUGAUUCAUUGUGGCUCAUCAACACUUCUCUUCGUUGUUCAACGUUUCUUAAUACAACUAGGAAUAUUGUAGAGAGAGAACAUGCUUUGCAUCAUCGGUGGGUGAGUGAAACGGCAAAUUGUAGUUGACUGUCAGCGUGAAAAUCAAGGAGAUGUUAACCAUUUUCAAUGAGAAUAAGACUCCCAAGAGAUAUCGGAACACAGUCGAUAGCACUUUUGCGAUUGGAAGCUCUCCCAAAAGACCUUCAAGAACUUGUAUACGAACAUGGUUAGACAUUCUGGAUUUAUAUAUCACAAUGCUGAUAUAUAGACAAGUAUUUCAUUUAUCUUUGGAUGCAAUGUCCAGCCUCCUUCGCCCUCCCUACAAUGUCACAAGCUGUAAUAUAAUUUCAUUUCAUGCCUCCGGGUAGAGAGGCGCUGGAGUUGUUAAAGAUAUUUUCAAAAAUUAAAAUACGGUUUCGAUGUGGGACGGUUGCACUUGUGAAUUGUGAAAUCUUUGUUUUUGGGAGGUAGCACAGGGAGCAGUAUACAACUAUAUUUAUGUUACUAGGUCGUUCUUGAUGACCAGUUACUACUUACAUUUAUUCAGAAUAUUUGUCGUUCUUCUGGUAAUCUUAACAGGCUCGCAGUGUUUUGGCCGCUGUAGAUUGUACCAAAGAGAAAUCGUUGGCACAAAAGUAUGACAUUGAUGGAUUUCCUACAGGUGAGCUCAAACAAAUAUCAAUUUAUGUAAAAAAAAAAAUAAUAAUUCCUUAAUUGCUCCUACACAGGAUUGAAAUGUACGAAAAAGCUUUUUGAAUGACUUACCUAAUCAUUUCGCUUAGCUGACGUAGGCUAAGAUAAGGAAACACACAUUGUAACAAUAUUUAAUAGAUGUAUUGAAAUAAUUGAAAGUUAUUUAAUAAUUUUAUUGAUUCUCUUCUAACCUUUUAAUUAUUUUUUUUUUUUUUUUUGCAUGUGACUGGAAAACUCAAAACAACAGUCAAGUACUUCAGGUGAGUCUAACUGUUUCCCGAAAUAUCAUGAUCUGGAUCUUUUUUACUGUGGAUGUAAAGAGAGUGCCUGCUGUCUGAUUUUCCUUUGAUACAAGGCAAGGGGCAAAGGUUAGCGACGAGCCCAGGACGAGGAGAGUUUGGGACGAGCAAGAAUUGGCACGACCUAAUCUCUCCUCUUCCGUACCACCUGUUGAGUUAUCGUUUGGAGAAAAUCUUUGAUCAAUGGGUCGUGUUAAAGAAGUUUGAUCUCACUUACUGAGUCCACGUAGUUUCAUGAAUUAUUUUGACGAGCUUGCAGUGAUAAGUGCAUUAUUUUGCUUGCAUUGCUACAGGAAGGGUGAGUUUGCUUCUGAAUACAGGAAGGCAAGGACAAAGGAAGACUUGGUGGACUUCAUGUUGAUGUAAGUUGAAAAUUCCGUAUAAAUUCGUUUGGUCCUGUCACGCCAACGCUUCUGGGGGAAAGAACACGUUGUGUGACACGCUAGGUCUCUUCUGAGGAGAGGGGGGGGGGGAAUAACGCGAUGCGUGACAAGCUCUCAUCCCAGGGAUAAAACAUAAAAAAUGUUGCGUUAUCGGAUCAAACAACGGCUAGCCUGAAAUCUAGAUAAUUGUAUUCUAGAUGAAAAUAUUUUUUGUACUAUAUCAUGCAAUGGGUAAUAUUUUCUCUACACGAACACUCAAGCUUUCUUUUAUUUUUCGUGUUGUAGGUCCGAGGCCUCAGCACCUGCAGACGCCAAAACAGCCAAACCUGAAAAACCAGUUGAACCAGCUUGGAGUGACGAGGAUACAGACGUGGUCCAUUUAACAGCCAGCACAUUUCAGGAGUUUAUUAAGUCACACAGUUCAGCCCUUGUCAUGUUUUAUGCUCCCUGUAAGUUCUAAUAAAAAGCACUUUUUGUUGUCUAUUUGUUUCGUUUGCGAUAUGUCCUUUCUUUUUUAUGUCGCAAUUCUUAAAUCUGUCUCAUUCGCUUUAAUUUAUUGGUUUGUAAUACCUUAUUAUGUGGUUUUGGCUGUUCUGUCUUUCAUUUGAUGUUAUUGUAAGAUUUCUUUUCUGAUUUUGUUGUUUUCUACUUAUUUAGGGUGUCCACAUUGCAAAAAGAUAAAACCCGAGUUUUCUGAGGUGGCCAAAGAAGUCAACACCGAGAACAAGGUAAUCAAGUAUUCUUUCAUGUCAACGAGAGUUGCGCAACUUCCUCAGAACCUAGCUCCAAUGAAACGAAUGAAGACUUCUUCUACUUGUGCUUCCCAAAAAAGUUUUUGCUUUACUCGGUCCCUUUUGUCAGUUGGAAACAAACACAAAUUUUGCAGUAUCUUUCCAUGCUUUAAAUCAGAAUCACAUUUUUAUCCUUGAAAGCAAAGCCAGAUUUUGGGAAAAAUCAAGAACAAAAAGAAAUACGCUUGAUCUCUUUAUCUCUAUAAUUGAGUGAAUCUUGGCUGGUUUUUUUUUGUUUAUUUUUUAUUUUAUUUUAUUUUUUUUUUUUUGGGGGGGGGGGUGUUUCGACGCAAAUUCUCAUUUUCCACGAUUUUGCUUUUCAGGUCCCUGGUGCCCUGGGUGCGGUGGAUUGUACUGUGGAUGGUGAUCUUUGUACUGAACAGGAAGUCAAGCGUUAUCCCACACGUGAGUCUUUUACUUCCCGUCAUAUUCCAGUAACACGUGUCUUUGAAACGGUGCCAAAUGUUAUCUCCUUUUCACACGCACUCACCAACUCACGUUUAUACGUUCACAGGCCUAAUACUCUUUUUUAGAACGACCUUCACCCAGACAAUGACGCUUGACGAUACAGUAACUUUGAAUCGCAUACGGUGGUUGAAAAGUUAUCUUAAUUGCUCGGUGUAUGAAGUGUAACACCCAAACUGUUUUCUCGAGCAAAGAAAAAGACGAUUUUCCUGUUGAAUAUCUAUUGCAGUUUUGAAAGUUAAUUAUAACAAAUACUGAUUUUUUGUUUUUCUUAUCUCUCUCUGGAACUAUGUUGGAACAGUAAAGUACUACAAGUAAGUGUAUCUAUUUCACAAACAACAUCUUCCAUGCCUAACUAUGUCAUGUCUUGUAAAAUUCAACUUGCACUGAUUUCAAUAUUCUAUUUGUUACUUGAACUGAUGAUAUAAAACCUUACCUGUCUUCCAUUUUCUAGUUUUGUUUUCUUUUUUGAACGAGGAUGUUUUAAGAUGCAAUUCAAAUGAUUAAGGAAGAACAUAAAUCAUCGCUGCCGGCGUGAACCCGCGAGGUUUAAAUCUUGUGCUACAGAAAUUGUCAACGUCGUUCCCAGUUCCCUUUCUUCAUACCCUCAGGGAUCGAGGUCAAGAAAUUAUCAGAAUGUUCUACCUCAUAACACAGUAACGUUAAGAAGUGUAACUGUCUAGAAUAGUAAGUGAUGAUGUCAUAAUUCUUACAGAGAUGGGGAAUUUGCUUACAAGUACACAAAGAAAAGGAAAGCAGAGGACAUGCUAGCCUUCAUGAAAGAGUACGGUAUUAUUUUCAUCUUGUCGCCAAAAAUUAUAUUAAAAUGAUUUGUGCUUUGCAUGUCAUUGGCCAACCUACUUUUUCAUAAAUUAUCAAAGUGUUGUAUUAAGGAGAUCAUGAACCUUGGAUACAUACGAAUGUGAAAUUUUUACUGACUAAUUUUGCUUGGAGAAUAAUUAUAUCUGUUCAAAAAUUGUUUUAAAUUUGCUUAUCUCUUUCUCAGUCCCCAGAAACCUGCACCUCCUCCUCCACCACCUGAUUGGAGUAAGGAGUCUGGUAAAGUGCAUUUCCUGACUAACGAGACUUGGGAUUCAUUCAUGGCCGAACAUCCUUCUGUGCUGGUCAUGUUUUUUGCUCCUUGUAUGUACAAACAAUUAAUUUCUUAUCAUUUCAAUUAUUAUUUAACCUUUUUUUCUGUUGAUACAGCGGUAGAUUAUUAAAGUUUUAACCCAACGUGAACGGCUAGUCGUUUUGAAAUAUCACAUGUACGAGUCACGUAUAAUUCUCUUAUCACGUGCCAUUCACGUGUCAAUCUAAGGUAAUGGAACGACUCUGUUAAUUGGUUUACUGAAAAUUAUGUUAGGUUCAAUGGAGGUUCAUUGGUUCGAGAGGAAUCACAUGACUCACCAAUUGUAUCAGAUUUUUACACCCGAAGGUUAGAGGUUCGAUGCUUGGUGGACAACAAGGAUUUUUCUUCAUCUCAUUCUCGUGACGGAACAAAUGACAUUUUUUUUCUUAAUUUAAUCGUAAUGUGGUCAGUUCGUUUUUCAUGAUACAGCAAAAGAAAGGGGAACUAAAUGAGAUGCUGUUGAUACGUUAGUCUCUAUGUAGCAAUUAUUUACCGUUGUGGAGGACAACCACCAUUUUACCCACACUGAGGUUAAUAAUUGUAUUAGUAAAUACCACACAAAAAACAAAAAAAAAGGUUUAUUUCUUUCAAUAUACCGAAUCAUGGUCAGAAAUUAAACUCUCGACGCGCGAUUUUGUCCCAUAGGCUGCUCGGAGGUGAAUAAAACUUGCUAUUCACUUCCGAACCAGCCAAUCAGCGCGCGCGAUAAGCAUUACUCACCUGUGUGGUAUAUACUAACAACAUUUAUUUAUUUGUUCAUUUAUUUACUUUUUUUAAUCCAUUUUUUGAUGUGUGUUUUUAGGGUGUGGUUACUGUAAAGCUAUGAAGCCAAACUUCUUUAAAGCCGCUGAGAUCCUUAGUGAACAACAUGUAAGUCUCUCUAAACUUGUUCUGGGAAUGUUUCACAAAAAUUCUUUGUUCUUUGCAGGUGUAUCAUCUUGCCUCGCCUUAAUGUUUUCACCUCCGUUUUGCUUUUCGUGAGUUAUCGAUUAUUAUCUUAUCGAUUUGGUUUCCGCUGAAGUAUAUAUGCACAGUAUACUGAUGUAAUAUCUAAUUUUAUUUAGCCGUCUGAAGCGUUAGCAGCUGUUGACUGCACGAAAUUCAAACCUAUUUGCAAGCGGACCGGUCUCAAGGGAUAUCCCACAGGUAAAACUCGUCUCUUCUUUCGGUACGUCUAGUUUGACCAUGAUUCACGUUAAAAUACUGCUAAAAACGAACGGUAUGGUAUAAUUUUUUGACGAAAGCUGUCAUGCUUUGACAAAACUCCGACGACUUUUAAAUCGGACAAAUCGUCGAAGUGGGCGUUUUGCAUGUCAUGGCUUUUAAACCUCUAUGAGCAGAACAGCGAAUCGAUUCAAUGACUUUAAGUGGACUUCUUAGUUGCUUUUCCAUUGUAUAAACUCUUUAGCUGUAAAUAUAAUUUUUGACCGAAGACGAGGGGGGACGCGCUUGUUCGACUUGCAACGUUUAAUGGGCCAUAGCUCUUAUUUGGUGUAAUGUUUUUUCUCUUUUCUUCAAUGUCAUUGACUGACCUGCAAAAGUGAAAUACUACAAGUAAGUAAUAAUGAUUUGUUAUCUUCACCUUUCUACUUCUUCAUUUCAAACGGUUUGUUAAUGUUCCUAAAUAUGUUGUCAGCUUCUCGACAUGUUUAUUUUUCCACAUCCUAGUUUUGAUGGAAAUUGUAAAUGCUAAGGCCAGAAGCGUGUGACAAUAACUGGCAAAAAAAAAAGGCCUCGCGUCUUUUGCACAUAUUAAACGCAAAUGGAAUCUUUAUCUUAACAAAAAAUCCGGAAAAAUCAUCGAGGCGAUAGUGAUGUUCUGUUAUGUAAGAACUGAUUUUGCAAUCAUAGCUUCUUCAAUCAUUCGCCAUGUUAAAACGUUGUAGAAAAAAAACACAUUUUCAGAAGGUGGAUGACUGAUAAGGCUGGAAUAGAGAAAUUUAUAUCGAAGUACUGCCAUUUUUCAUAUUCUUGUCGGAAACAAUUUGUUGCGCUGAACACAUACAACUUUAUGUUUUCUCGUCACAAAAGAGAUUUGAAAGUUUUAUUAAUUUAGGUGCCAGUAGCUUAUUUUCAUGGCUUCUUGUCAAGCAAUUAAGAGUCGCAUUAAAUAGUAUCCUCUUUUUGGUAAAUUUCUUUUUUUUUUUUUUUUUUUUUCUUAUUUAAAGUCUGUACGUGGAUACUUAGAGAGAAAUUGAUGCUUGUAUCUUGUCGUAGUAAACAAAACUAAAGAAUUGUUAGCUAUAAGUUCGUUCAAGAGAUUAUAUUUUCUUGGUCUGUUUAUAGUACCUGACUUUCUUUCAUUGUUUAUCAUAGAAAUGGCGAAAUGGAAAAAGAUUAUGAUGGUGAUAGGUCGGCUGAAGAUAUAAUUAACUUUAUGAAGAGGUAACUUCAAUCAUUCGUUACGCGACCAUUGUCGCGCAUGUGCAAGAAACGGAGUGUGCGCGUACGCUCCUAGCGAUGCCGCCAUUGCUUUCUUGGGGACUCUCUGUUAUAUGUGGCAUGACAGGUUAUUAACUUUGAAUAGUAAUUUCUUAUGAUUGUUCAAGCUUUCCAUCAAAGCAUAGCUUUGUCAUCAUAUCAACGCAAGACACUGAAUUUGAGUACCACAAGAGUUCUUUGAGAAACUUCUUGUUCAUGAUUUAACAGCAAAUUAACGCGUUUUGUGUUAGUAGGAGAAACUGGAAUAUGUCCAGUUUCCCCUCUGGCGCAUCAUCUAAUCCUUCUGUUCUCUUCAGCAUGAGUGGUGUGGACACUGUACCUGAAGAAACGAAAGGAACUGAGACAGAAAAAGAAGAAUCAGAUGGAUUGAAGAUCUUAACCUCUGCAAACUUUGAAUCCUUCUUGUCCGAGACAGAACACGUGUUGGUUAUGUUCUUUGCCCCAUGUAAGUGCCACGAAAAGUAAACUACUACCUCACAAUCUUUAUCAACUCUUGGUUUUAGUCGCAGAAAUUCUCUUCAAUUUUGCAGAUGUUCAGGAUCAAUUUCUGUUGACCUAACAGUCCAUUGUGAAUCUUUUUACUCCUUUAGGGUGUGGUCAUUGUCAGAAUGCGAAACCCAAAUUCCUGAAAGCUUCUGAAGCAUUUGCCGAGGAAGCUAAUAAAGCUUUCACUGCAGUUGACUGCACUCAGGAUAGCGGUACGUUUAACUAAAGUAUUUCUUGUCUCUGAAAGAGUGAGGUUCAAAAUGAAAAAAUAAUCAUUAAGCUCUUAAUUCCUCCAUUCGCAUUCCUUCUUAAUCACUGCACACCAAUCAAAAGACAUGAAUGCUUAUGAACGCGUUACAAGGGCGAUUAGAAUCAUGGGAAGAACAUAGGCUGCCUUUGGAAAAGCCUAUUCCAAGCGUUCAUUCAGUAAAACGCAGCGAAUUAGUAGAGGGCACGAUAGCAAAGAAGUGAACAAGCGAGGGAGGUCUGGGUCGGGUAUUAUACGAUCCAGACCUCCUUCGUUUUUUCACUCCUUUGCCACUAUCGUGUCGUUUACUAUCUUUGGAUCCACGGAGAUUAAAUUAGGUUUGCAGCCUAAAAAGAAAAGACUGGUAACGAGUUACUGGAAAUUGUCACAACUAACUUUUGACAUUUUCCUUAACAGAUUUGUGUGAUAAACAAGGCGUGAACGGGUAUCCGACCAUCAAGUAUUACAGAUAUGGUGCUUUUGUUGUUGAAUACGACGGCGACAGAACUGAAGAAGACUUUUUGUCCUUUAUGAAGUCACCCCCCAACCCCCUCCCCCCUGAUCAACCAGACAGCAACCAAGAUGAAAAGCGAGACGAACUUUAACUUCGAGUUUUGUAUUUCAAAUUUAGCUUUAAAUUAUCCUUUCAAAUUCGGCCAUUGCCAAAUGAUUCCGAUGUUUUUACGAAUAAUUCUGUAGAGUUUAGCAGAUGCACCCGACGUUAAAAACGUCUCAUCAGGAAAAUUUACGACCACGUCUGCAGCAUACACCAAUUUACCUCUGUUUUCGUUCACUUUUCUACCAAUACUAAAAACGAUCAACAGGAAAGUGAUAAUAAAUAAAUUAUCUCUGUCUUUCGGCCUCGAACGCAAGUAUUUCCUCUUUAGUUUGGUUGCAAAACAGACGUUUAAUGCUCACUUUUUCCAUUCUUUGUACGCUUAGACGUGGUUGUAAGUUUUUAUCAUCAGACUUAUUGCUUUCCAUCACUCUCGCUUCGUAGGUUUACUGUGAAUUUUUUUUUUUUUUUUCAUAAAAAAUUUUCAAAUCAGGAAGUGCACUUUUCAAGUCAAAAUGGCCGUCAAUUCAUCUCACGACAGUCAAUUAAAGAUUUUUUUUCCAGAAAAAGGAAUCAUUCAUUCAGCUUGCUUAUUUCCGAAAAACAUUUUUGAUUUAUUUAUAAAUGAAAUUGCUCUUCUAUAGCCUGUUAUGUUAUGAUGUAAAUUUGACAUUCUGUCAAACUAAUGUGCUUAAGCAGUCAAAUUUCCGAGAAGAUUCUCGACGAAGCGGUAGCUUAAAUCAACUAUAGAUCAUUGCAAAGAGAUAGGUAAUCAUUAUUGAAAUAACCCAGAAAAAGACCUACUAAUGAGUCACGGAUUGUUAGGCAACACUCCAUAAACUCUAUGUGACAUUACAAACAAAUGCGCGAGGUCAAACAUAGGAGAGUGUUCAAAAAU